AGCCAAUUAACUAAAACCCGUGUCGAAGCCAUGUCUGGGCAGUCGUCGGGCUGUGGGUUUCUAAUGUCUGUUGUUGUCCACGGAGACUCGACUCUGAACGAUCAGGAAAAGGAGCUCAACCAGCGACUACGACGGCUCUAUCCAGCCGUUAAUGAAAACGAGACUCCGCUUCCCCGCUCCUGGAGCCCGAAGGACAAGUUUAGCUAUAUCGGGCUUUCUCAGAACAAUCUCCGUGUACACUAUAAAGGUCACGGCAAAACCCCUAAAGAUGCAGCAUCUGUACGGGCCACCCACCCCAUCCCAGCAGCCUGCGGGGUCUACUACUUCGAGGUGAAGAUCAUCAGCAAAGGCCGAGAUGGGUACAUGGGCAUCGGCCUCUCGGCUCAGGGUGUGAACAUGAACAGACUCCCUGGUUGGGACAAGCACUCGUAUGGUUACCACGGAGAUGACGGGCACUCCUUCUGCUCGUCCGGCACCGGGCAACCCUACGGCCCCACGUUUACAACAGGAGACGUGAUUGGCUGCUGCGUUAACCUCAUCAACAACACCUGCUUCUACACAAAGAACGGCCACAGCCUAGGCAUUGCCUUCACAGACCUUCCACCUAACUUGUACCCGACCGUGGGCCUGCAGACUCCCGGGGAGGUGGUGGACGCAAACUUCGGCCAGCACCCCUUCGUGUUCGACAUUGAGGACUACAUGCGCGAGUGGAGGACGAAGAUCCAGUCCCAGAUCGACCGCUUCCCCAUCGGAGAGCGCGAGGGCGAGUGGCAGUCCAUGAUCCAGAAGAUGGUGGCUUCCUACCUGGUGCAUCACAGCUAUUGUGCCACGGCUGAAGCUUUUGCCAAAUCCACAGACCAGGCCGUGCACGAGGAGCUGGCCUCCAUCAAAAACAGACAAAAGAUCCAGAAGCUGGUGUUGUCAGGCAGGAUGGGCGAGGCCAUCGAGACCACCCAGCAGCUCUACCCCAACCUGCUGGAGAGGAACCCAGACCUUCUCUUCAUGCUCAAGGUGAGACAGUUCAUCGAGAUGGUGAAUGGGACAGACAGCGAGGUGAGGUGUCUUGGCGGUCGCAGCCCAAAGUCUCAGGACAGUUACCCCGGCUCCCCCCGGCCCUUCAGCAGCCCCAGCCACAAAGCCAGCAGCUCCCAGCCCUUCCUCCCAGGGUUGGACAGCAAUUGCUGUAAUGGAGUGACGUCUAAUAAGAGCCACAGCACCUCCCCUCACAGUCACAAGCCCUGCCCCCCCGCCUCUGUCUCCACCCUCCCAGCGUCUGACACGAGCCUCAACGGGAGCCACAGCCAACAGCCCGUAACCAGUAGCGACGUGGACAUGGAGGUUGAACACUUCACCAACGGAGUGACAGAAUCGUCCUCCAAUGGUUUCCUCAACGGCAGCUCCAAACACAUCACCGAGCCCGACGAGUGCGACGCAGACAUGGAGGUGGAGUCGGCUCAGUCCAAGAGGCAGCUGUGCGGCGGCAGCCAGGCGGCCAUCGAGAGAAUGAUCCAUUUCGGCAGGGAGCUCCAGAGCAUGAGCGAACAUCUCCGCCGCGAGUGUGGCAAGAACUCCGCCAACAAGAAGAUGCUCAAGGAUGCGUUCAGCCUGCUGGCCUACUCGGACCCCUGGAGCAGCCCAGUCGGCUACCAGCUGGACGCCAUUCAGAGAGAGCCGGUCUGCUCCACUCUCAACAGUGCAAUAUUAGAGACUCACAACCUGCCCAAGCAGCCCCCCUUGGCCCAGGCCGUGGGUCAGGCCGCCCAGUGCCUCGCCAUCAUGGCACGAACUGGCACCGGCUCCUGCGCCUUCGCCUCUGUGGACGAUUACCUGCACUAGCCCUGUGUACACACACAUACAAACACACACACACACACACACACACACACACACACACACACACACACACACACACACACACACACACACACACACACACACACACACACACACACUCUGAGGGCCUGUCCAAAAAUGUCUCCUUCAACCUCCUCCAUCAGUGUAGUCCUGUUAGCUGAGGAGACGCUCCUCUGCACGAUAACAAGUAGUCGAAAGUUAAAUACCUCACUCGCUUCAGCUUGUUCACACAAACACACAAAGUCGUUUCUGGGCAGAUCUUUAGAUUGAUAACACGCACCACAUACAUACAAAAAAAUAAAAACACCUGCAGACACACACACACACACACACACACACCUCCCUUUCCAUCGUAAAUAUGAAAAUACGCCUCCCACCUUGGUUGGCUUCGCAAACCCCCACCUCCAGCGCUGCGAGGCUGCGUCUACAUCAUUCUGACGGACAGCGGGGACGCCAACCAAGAGUAGCCGACUUGAAAAUACUCAGAGCCGAACUCGUGUGGACUCGCCGCAGAUACCCAACCCCCGUAUACCUGGGGGCAUCCAACCGUGGCGGACAGACUGACACAACAACAAAAAAAACCUGGUCAAAUAUAAAUGGAUAAAUAGGAAAAAAAGAAACAACAAGAAAACGGACGAAUGACCGCCAUGACCGCCCGCCAGCGUGGUCCCUGUAAACCUGGUUCACCAGUUACACGCGUGCACACGGAGUCAGGCUGACGCUGAAAACAGGAUUGAGAAGUCCAUCUCCACGAGGCUUGCUGAGCGCUAGAACACCGACGUGAGGCUCCAUUAGGGAUAGCCCACCCCCUCUUCACCCCCCCCUGCACCGACUCCCCCCCCCCCCCCCCCCCACCAUCCACCCACUUCAAGACAUCGUCGGAGGUUUGUGUGACGCAUGUGGACUCGGGACUUUGAAGAAGCCAGAAAGAAUCGACGUCUCAACUCAACGCUCCCUGUUGUCAAUCUUUUAGUUUUUCAUCUGUGAAGCGCGCGGGGAGGGGGGAGUAGUGUACCUGGCUCUUGUUUUGUUUUGAGGUUUUCCAGGUUUACAAGGCAUGGCGCAGACGAUGACUAUUAUUAUUCUAAUUAUCAUUAUAUUAAUUAUUGUUACUUGCAUUCACAGCAUAUUUGUUGAGCGCCAGCAGGAGCAAGUUCCAGUUAUUAUAAUAAAGGUCCCGAUCACCAGUGA